CGGGGAGGCGUUUUGAAGAGCUGAGGCGCGGAGGAAACGGCCUGGUCAUUCCACAGUCUAGGAGUGGCUGAUGAAGAUGUCUUUUCGGUAACAGUUGCCAGUCUAGUCCUGACCAGUUGAAGUAAAUGUUCCCCAGAGGACCUGAGCAUAUGGGGCACAUUUCAAAGUUGUGCUCUGGUAACUUUGGAUAAUAUUAAAGGUAUCCAAAGAUGAAAAGGAAAGUGGCCAGAGCUGGGAGACUUAGACUUAGUCCUAAUGAAGAAACUCAGCUCUUGAAAGAAGAACAUGAAAGAAGAAGAAAAUUAAGGCUACAGCAGGUUAGGGAGCAGGAGAGGAAUAUUGCUUUGCAGAUAAGGCAAGAAGUUAAACAACGGAGAGAUGAGCAGCUGCAUCAGUUGGCGGAAAAGCUGAAAGCAGAGUGGCAGAAGGCACAAGAAGAGAAGAUUAAAGCUUUGGAAAAUCUUUAUUUGUCAAGCUUGAGAGCUGUAGGAGAAGGGCAUAGACAGGCAAAAGAAAAUGAACCUGAUUUGGAGGCACUGGCAAGGCAAGCAGAGGAAAGGAGAAAAAGAGCAGAAAAAAGGCAUGCAGAAGCAUUGAAGGAGCUGAAAAAUCAAAAAGAAAGGCUGUUGAAGGAACAAACAUGGAGAGCAAAUGCACGGAGGCAUGCCUUCAAUGUAGAAAAAGAGAGAGCUGCUAAAAUAGCAAGCCUCCCCCCGCCUCCCCCGCCUCCCUUUGAAAAUAUUGACUUAAAGACCACCCCCACAGUGAAAGUCUGCAAUGCUGACACUUUUUCGAUUACUCACCAUCAUCUUUUUGAGCCACAUGUGGAUAGAGAAAUGGAUACAGAACAGCCAGAUGCUCGGUUACUUGCUGAAGAUGCCACCAAACAGACAAAAGGACUGCAAAAUAACAAAGAAAGAGAAAGGAGGGAACAGUUGGAAAAAGCUCGUCUGAGAGGGAAGCAUGCCUUGAAGAUGGUUCAUUUGGCUCAAGACAGGGAAAAGUUAAUGAAAGAGCUUGAACAGAUGCAAAUUAUGGACCUUGCCCGCAGAAGACAAAUUGUUGCCCAGAUGCCUCCUCAGCUGUUUGAACCAGCGUACAGGCGGGUAGAACUCAAGGAAGAAUGGCAAAGGGAGCUGGAGUGUGCCUUUGAAGACAUGUAUACUGGAGACAGAAAAAUGCAAGGAGAUCUUAUUUUGCACCUCGAUCCACAGCCCUUGCCAACCCUCUCUGAUCGAUCUCAAGAUGAUGAUCUGGAACUCUCUCAGGAACCUGAUUCUGAAUGUGAGGUGCCUGCAAGAGCAGAGGAUGAGGUGAAGGACAGUGAGCCAGGUGGAAGUGAGGUAGACAACGCAUCCCAGCUUCAAUCAAAAUUAGCACUAAAAAAAUUGCUAAACAAGAUCAGGAACCAAAAAGAUCACUGGACAUCCAAAGAGGAGUCAGAGGCUUCAAGUGAAAUUGGAACAAUUGAGUCAGGGACAAUUUCUAGUAGAGAGAGAAGACUAUGUGAAUCAGAACCUGAGCAGGAACCAAAGGGUGCUACUGUCUGUGAAACCAAAGAGCUUCCAGAAACAUUGGACCAAACUGUUGUUGCUGGAAAUGUGGUUCUAAAUCAUCCACAAGAACAAGCAGCUAAAAUUAGAAAAGAAUCAGAAAGACAACUACAGAUGGAAUGGCUAGAGCACCAAAAGCAAGAGCAGCUGACAUUGCUUCAACAAAUUGAAGAGCAGAAAAUACGGCUGGAGGUUGAUUUUCAGAUGGCUCAAAUGCAGCAUCAGGAGCAGAAAGUUGAGACAGAGCCAAAGAAGAAAGAUAAAGAAUCCCAAACAGGACAGAUGAAUGAUACUGUCUCUGUUGCCUAUCAGCUGCAGAAAGUAGAGCAGCAGCCUGAAAGGGAUAUAGAUCCUGAGGCAGCCAGUUUCUCUAAAGAGGACAGCCACAUUCAGAUGAUUCGUGACUAUCAGCAACGUCUUCUAAGGCAAAACAGGAUCCACAGAGAAUCCAUUGAAGAAGCCAGGAAACAGUUGCAUGAAUAUCAGAACAAGCUAAAAGAAAGAUACCAAUCAGUUUCUGCAGCAUUAUUCAGUCCUGCUGACAGAGUUGUACCAGUAAAAUCAGAUCCUCUACUUCCAUCACAAUUACAAAGACGUGAGGUGUUGCAGAGAGUUCACCUAACAGCAGAUCAUCCAUCAAAGAAUCCUCCUGUACAAAAGCCACCUGAGCAUUCUGAAGUGCUAUUGGAGCAGAAAGGCAAAGAGGGAGUGCUUGAUUUCAGAAGUGAAAAACAGAUCCAGCCUGUGUGUUCCCAGGAAAAUAAAAUAACUUUUCAGUUGACACACCAGCAGAAAGAAAAGCUGGCUACAUUGAAGACACAUGUGACACAGCCAUGUGAUUUGCAUCAGAUGCCUGGGUCAGUUACAUUUAAGUCACAGGAUACUUCCAUUCCACCUCAGCCAGUGGCUCUUGCAAAGAAUGUCCAAUUCAUUAAAUCUGCAGACAGUACUUCUCAGCCUUCAGAAAUGCUCUUUGAUAAACUUGUCCCUCAUGUACCUCUAGUAGAAAAGACCCUUCUUCCAACAUCCUUAAAGCAUCAACACAUAUCUGCUGAGAGUAAGAUAAGAACAGCUUUAGACCAAACAUCCCUUCCUCCUGUGCAGCCAGAUUCUUCCAUGCCUUUCUCUGUAGCAAGUGAGAAGACCCAGGAGUGCUUGGCAUUAAGAAAUGGAAGUGAAUUCUUUUCUGGUUAUUCUGAUAUAGUGCAAUUAAGGGACCGAAUGCUGGCUUCUUCUGAGAGCAUCCAAGCUCAGCAAGAGCACUUGAAAGAACUUCAGGAGCAGCUGGAUGAGCAGCGGGAAGCUCUUCUUUCUCGACAGAGGAUACAGGAGGACUUACUCAUGGAGAAGCAUGCUCAGCUGAAACAACAAAUGGAACGGCAACAAGAAGCUUUAAAAGAGUUUCUUAAACGGGCAGAAGAGUCCAGCAAGUAUGAAGAGAUGACACAGGCACAAGAGACUAGCAACUCCAGUCUGUUGACAUCACUUUUAAAAGAAGCAAAUAGAAACAACCAACAGGAGGUUCGCUUUAGUGAUCUGAAUAGCCUAACUCCAAAGGAAGUUGCGUUUCAAAAUGUUGAUUCAGCAGGGAAAAUCGAGUCAUUCCAAAAAACCGGGGGGAAAGAACAAAAAUUGAUACUUUCAAAACCGCCUUUGGCAAAAGUAAAGCUAGGACUUGAUUUGGAACAGCAUGAACUUAGUAUUAUACCAGAACUUGACACACCAAGGAGUGGAAUACUUUCAGCUACAGAUAAGUUGGAGCUUAGCAAAAGUCCACUUGAAUUUCUCCAUGAAGAAACAGAUAUAUUAAGAAUUACUGCUGGUAAUGAACAAAGUUGUAGCACAAGUCAGGACCAGUUACAAGAAUCAAGGUGUGAGAAGUCAGUUAUGGAUGCAGAUGGUUUGCUUGACUCAGCCCAUUCUCUUAUGGAUCAAGGUUUACGAAGUUAUGGAGCUAAUAUGGGAAGAAGAGCAAAUUCUGAUUCUUCAUUUAGAACAAAUAGUAUGGUAGUGCUUCGCACAGCAUGGUCUCCUGAUUCAUUAAAUGCACGGACGCCUAUGCAACAGGUAGCCUGUGGAUAUUUUGCUUCAUCUACUGUUUCUCCUGCCAGCAUUACAACCAGUUACAACCCAGACAGAAGUCUUGAGAGCAGAGAACCAUGCUCAUCCAAGGAACAGAUCAGGCACUUCAGCUCUUCAAUAGAAGAGAAGGCAAAUGAUGCUUGGAGUCCUUCAGUUUCUCUACUGCAUAGGCAGCAGGAUCCUUCAGAAUUUCUUCAUUCCCAACUGUCUUUUGGAGAAGUGCUGCACUGUAAUGAAAGCAAAAUUCAACAAAACAUAGACAAAUAUACAAGAGAUUUCAGCUGGUCAUCUCUGUCUUCCUAUGAUCCAGCAGUAGGACAUAAUGCAACUGAUAUUGAAAGACACUUUCCAAAUUUCCACCGUGAGCUUUUUCAAUCCUUGGAGCCAAGUCCUGACUUCAGUAUCUCCUCAAGCUUUUCCCAGUGUAAAGUGUCUCACAGCAGCAAAGACCUGAGCAAGAGUUCAGAUUUAUCCAAGAGUCAUGAAUUAACAGCUUCCAAUCUGGAGGAGAGGAGCAACAGUUUUUCAUUUCUUAGCACAGGAAAACUAAGUAAUACUCUGCCAACAGAUCAGACUGAUGAAGAGCUGAAAGAGAAAAUGCAAGGUGCUGAGGAAUCGUCUGAACAGCUGCACAUGGAUUCUGCUUUGACCCCACUUAUGCAAAGUGCUGAUAAUCCUAGGGCCUUUGUCCUUAUCCCUGAACACACUCUUGAAAUCAGAAAAUCAAUUGAACAUCGUAUGUAUACUUCACCUGAGAGUGUACAGUACGAAGAACUGGAAGGCAAUGAAAAAAAUAUCGACCUUCAUUCUUCCAUUGAAAAUUUUCGCAGUCUGAGUCCAGUUGAAGAUGGACACUCAUUUUAUCAGCUGAUUCCAGAUCCUGCUACAGUGAAAAAUACUAUUGGAAGGACAGAGUCACUGAAAGAGGACAUGUGUGCUAGAGAGGAGAGCAUGUGUUUUGUUGAACUGACCUCUACAUUUAUUGAGAGAGAAAAUGAGACUAAUAUUGAAAAUGUAAUUAUGAAUGAAAAUGUGGAAAUUAAUCUCUCUCAGUGUACUCUACAUACUGUUGAAGAGCAGAGUUCACUAAAAACAGAUAUGCUGAGCUUGGCUCAAGAAAUGAAUUCAAAACUCUCACUCAGUCCUGUGCAAAAUUCUGGACUACAGAGUGAGUCUGACAUGUUUCAACAACGAUAUCAUUGUGCUGGGCAAGUUAAAAGCUCAGAUUCCUUUUUGUCACAAAGCAACAUACCAGUCUGGGAAAAACUUACAGGGAGAGGCAUUAUGGAAGAAUCCGAAUUGACUUUAAUAAGCUCCACUGACAACAGCACUGCAGUAGAAUCAGACUUGGAACUCUGUAUCCAAACGGAAAGUGGAAAGGAGAAAAGUGAAAACCUGCCGAACAGUGACCAUUUUGCCAUUAAAAGCUCUCCUGAGAGUGGAAGAUUUUUACCUUUACGUUCAGAAGUGGAUGAUUCUAUUUCCACCCAGAAUGAUCAGCCAUCAGUAAUUCAAAGCUCCCAAGAGGACUGUGAUCGAAAAAACAAAUCAGAAGUGGCCCAUACAAGUUUGCAAGAAUCAUUUUUGAAGCGGAAGAAAGAUUUCAUCGAGAGAUCCUCUAAGAGAGUGGAGAAUCUUAAAAGAAAAGAACGAAGUUCUGAAAAACCUCAGACUAAAGCAUCUCAACAGAAAAAAGCACAGCUUCAAAAACCAAAAGAGAAGUUUCCACCUUCUGGUUCAACUGUUAGCUAUCUCAAGAAAGUGGAAGCAGUAAAAGUGUGCACUGCUGAAGACCGGCGAUCAGUAGAAAUCCAGAUGCAUCAGCGCACUUCAAGAUUAUAUAAUAAUCUAUCCGAAGUGAAAAUCAGGAAGGAGCAGAGAGCAAGACAAGAAAAUUAUGCCAAAAAUCGGGAAAGAGCAAAGGAAUUUCAUAAGAGAACACUGGAAAAACUAAGAGCAAGAAAAGCCAAUGGAAAAACUGGCAUUUAGCAGACUUCUUGUGCGUGGAAAAGGUGUACAAGCAGGAAAAAAAUGUGUAAAAAAGAUCCCCUUGUGAUGAUGUAUCAUGGUUUCAUGUUUAAUUUGCAAAAUACAAUGCAGUAUAAACUAGACAGACUGGUCUCUUUAAUCAUGUUUUUUAACCUCAGAGUUUAUAUAUAUUUUAUAUAUUUUUAAAAACCUCUCAAACACUUUUAUAUUCAUAUUGUAGUUAUGUAUAAUAAAAUUGACCUUGAUUUGCAA